UUUUUUCAAAUGUAUAAAAACGGAAAUAUCACAUUUACAUAAGUAUUCAGACCCUUUACCCAGUACUUUGUUAAAGUACCUUUUGACGCUGUAAGCUUGGCACAUUCUUACCAUUUCGCUAAAACGGAACAGCUGAUAAUAGUGGCAGUUGCCUGUAAUGACAGAUAGUCUCCACUAGUUGGCAGUAUUGCAUAAAAGACUUAACACCUGAGCAGCACUGACGCGUUUUGGGGAAUAGGCAACGUGUUAAAAAAAAACGAGUAUAAAACAGACACUUGUAGCUGAAAGAGAUUUGUCUUAUUUAAUUAGAUAUUCAGUAGCCUAUCUAAACUAGAAAAGGGAUAAUAGCAGUCAAAACUGCCCACAUAACACGCAUUGUGACACACAGAUAUAUGUAGUCAUGAUAAGAAGAAGCAUGUUUUAUAUUAAAAGUUUCGCGUCAAAGUUUUUUUGGGGGGAAAUAUAGGUUAGGCCAAAACAAAUGCCAAGUGUGUCAAAUAUUCAACAGCUGACAAGAUAGACACAUCCCCAGUUAGCUCUAAUGAUGUGAACACAUUGACUGUUAUUCAAGUAACCCGAGUUUCUUACUUGUGGGAAAGGAAGCGGAGGUGGUCUAUCUUGAUGACGCUCGACCCCAUCCCCGUCUCGCACUCCAACUGUUGCCCCGUUCAUCCGCUAACGCGCAUCUGUCGGCGCAGUCACUGCUCGCUUUCAAGACCAGCACACGGGACUAGCCUAUUACCGACAGAAUGUCGCGGAAUGUCAAGUUUUUCCGAUAGUUUACAAACUAAUGUUUUCUGCAUUGUUUCACCCGUGGUCUAAGACUGGCAUCACGUUCAGCCUGUGUUAUGUUCAGGGUUGGUAACAGGUGUCUGGAGAGGAGACUGCCUGUCUGGACAACAUGGAGCUGCUACAGCAGGAGAGGACAGGAGAGACAGUCAUCAGUCAGGACAGGGUCAAGGGUCAGGAGGGGACCAAGUGCCCCCUGGACCUCCCAGAGUACCAGACCACACAGCCACAGCUAAUACCCAGUGUUUUUACCCAACAGCCACUGUCUAAUGGGACAGCCGGGGAACACACAGGUGUGGCUAUAGUGGAUACAGCAGAGCUCCCAGAGCCCUCUGUAAGGUCUGCCAGAGCUGAUGGUGAAGAUAGUGAUGACUCUAUGACAGAUCUCAACACAACUGACGACGCGUCACAUCUCCUACCAAACAGUAUACCAUCAAACCCAUACCAUCUACAGAGAGUCGAGCUUCCCAGUGGGGUCCCUGUGUCGUCCAGUCCGACAACGUCCCCUGAGACCCUGAUCAAUGGAGCCUCCACCUCCCCCGUCUGUACUCCUCCUUCUGCCUCUGUUAACCAGACAGGAUGGAGCCCUCCUCAGUCCCCCCAGUCCCCCCAGUCCCCAGCCUGUGACAGACACCAUGGACACCCUAUUAAAAAACAACACCUGCCGUCCACCACAAGGAGCCAGAACUCAUUGAAAACAGACGCCACCCAGAUAAAGGAAAUAGCUGGAGACGACUGCUGUGUACACUGUGUCCUGGCCUGUCUGUUCUGUGAGGUGCUGUCCCUGUGCUCGGUGCUGGCCCAGUGUCUGGCGUGUGGAGAGGGCUGUGAGGUGCUGUGUUGCUGUGGGGAGGGAGCUGCCGGCGGGUUGGCCUGUGGGGAGGACGCCUGCUCUGCCCUGUUGAAUUGUGGGAUACUGGAGGACUGCUGCGAGUCUUCAGACUGUCUGGAGAUCUGUCUGGAGUGUUGUUCUAUCUGCUUCCCUGUCUAGAAGAAGAAGAAGAAGGAAGAGGAAGAAGAACAUUGAAAUAUUUGCCGUAAAGACAGGCGGAGUGGCUCUGUGUUAGGCCUCCGAAACAGACUGAGCCUUAAUAGACAGGACAAAUGAUCACAACCACCAUGUUGAACUCUUUUCUAUUACCCUCGUCGGACAUCUUUGUUCUACACUAACAUUGAUUAAAGUUUGGGUUUAUUUAAUAUCAAUGUUUAUUUUGCAAAGCCAUUAGGCCACAGCACAGGUUGAGGAUGAGGUGCUGUAGUGAGCAGUCUGACCAAUCAGGAUGAGGUGUUGUACUGAGCAGUCUGACCAAUCAGGAUGAGGAUGAGAUGUUGUACUGAGCAGUCUGACCAAUCAGGAUGAGGUGUUGUAGUGAGCAGUCUGACCAAUCAGGAUGAGGAUGAGAUGUUGUACUGAGCAGUCUGACCAAUCAGGAUGAGGAUGAGAUGUUGUACUGAGCAGUCUGACCAAUCAGGUUGAGGAUGAGAUGUUGUACUGAGCAGUCUGACCAAUCAGGAUGAGAUGUUGUACUGAGCAGUCUGACCAAUCAGGAUGAGGUGUUGUAGUGAGCAGUCUGACCAAUCAGGUUGAGAUGUUGUACUGAGCAGUCUGACCAAUCAGGUUGAGGAUGAGAUGUUGUACUGAGCAGUCUGACCAAUCAGGAUGAGGUGUUGUAGUGAGCAGUCUGACCAAUCAGGAUGAGAUGUUGUAGUGAGCAGUCUGACCAAUCAGGAUGAGGAUGAGAUGUUGUACUGAGCAGUCUGACCAAUCAGGUUGAGAUGCUGUAGUGAGCAGUCUGACCAAUCAGGAUGAGAUGUUGUAGUGAGCAGUCUGACCAAUCAGGAUGAGGAUGAGAUGUUGUACUGAGCAGUCUGACCAAUCAGGAUGAGGUGUUGUAGUGAGCAGUCUGACCAAUCAGGAUGAGAUGUUGUAGUGAGCAGUCUGACCAAUCAGGAUGAGGAUGAGAUGUUGUACUGAGCAGUCUGACCAAUCAGGUUGAGAUGCUGUAGUGAGCAGUCUGACCAAUCAGGAUGAGGAUGUGAUGUUGUACUGAGCAGUCUGACCAAUCAGGAUGAGGAUGAGAUGUUGUACUGAGCAGUCUGACCAAUCAGGUUGAGAUGCUGUAGUGAGCAGUCUGACCAAUCAGGAUGAGGAUGUGAUGUUGUACUGAGCAGUCUGACCAAUCAGGAUGAGAUGUUGUACUGAGCAGUCUGACCAAUCAGGAUGAGAUGUUGUACUGAGCAGUCUGACCAAUCAGGAUGAGAUGUUGUAGUGAGCAGUCUGACCAAUCAGGAUGAGAUGUUGUACUGAGCAGUCUGACCAAUCAGGAUGAGAUGUUGUACUGAGCAGUCUGACCAAUCAGGAUGAGGAUGAGAUGUUGUACUGAGCAGUCUGACCAAUCAGGAUGAGGUGUUGUACUGAGCAGUCUGACCAAUCAGGAUGAGAUGUUGUAGUGAGCAGUCUGACCAAUCAGGAUGAGGUGCUGUAGUGAGCAGUCUGACCAAUCAGGAUGAGGUGCUGUAGUGAGCAGUCUGACCAAUCAGGAUGAGGAUGAGAUGUUGUAGUGAGCAGUCUGACCAAUCAGGAUGAGGUGCGGUAGUGAGCAGUCUGACCAAUCAGGACGAGGUGCUGUAGUGAGCAGUCUGACCAAUCAGGAUGAGGUGUUGUACUGAGCAGUCUGACCAAUCAGGUUGAGAUGUUGUACUGAGCAGUCUGACCAAUCAGGAUGAGAUGUUGUAGUCUGACCAAUCAGGAUGAGGUGUUGUACUGAGCAGUCUGACCAAUCAGGAUGAGGUGUUGUAGUCUGACCAAUCAGGAUGAGGUGUUGUACUGAGCAGUCUGACCAAUCAGGAUGAGAUGUUGUAGUGAGCAGUCUGACCAAUCAGGUUGAGAUGUUGUAGUGAGCAGUCUGACCAAUCAGGAUGAGGUGUUGUACUGAGCAGUCUGACCAAUCAGGAUGAGGUGUUGUACUGAGCAGUCUGACCAAUCAGGAUGAGAUGUUGUAGUGAGCAGUCUGACCAAUCAGGUUGAGGAUGAGAUGUUGUACUGAGCAGUCUGACCAAUCAGGAUGAGGUGUUGUACUGAGCAGUCUGACCAAUCAGGAUGAGGUGCUGUAGUGAGCAGUCUGACCAAUCAGGAUGAGGUGUUGUACUGAGCAGUCUGACCAAUCAGGAUGAGGUGUUGUACUGAGCAGUCUGACCAAUCAGGAUGAGGUGUUGUACUGAGCAGUCUGACCAAUCAGGAUGAGGUGUUGUACUGAGCAGUCUGACCAAUCAGGAUGAGGUGCUGUAGUGAGCAGUCUGACCAGUCGUAAAAUGUUAUUCAUUCUCAAAAAUAGAAGUUUUUUUAAUAGGAAGCUAGAACUAAAGGAUGCAUAGUAUAUACUGAAGAAGGAAUGACAAGUCAACGUUGAGGAAGUAAUGGGAUGAUUGUAGACGUUGAGGAAGUAAUGGGAUGACUGUAGACGUUGAGGAAGUAAUGGGAUGACUGUAGACGUUGAGGAAGUAAUGGGAUGAUUGUAGACGUUGAGGAAGUAAUGGGAUGACUGUAGAUCAUGACAGUUAACAGUACAGUGAUACAGAUGGAGAAUCGUCAUUUGACCAGUUUCUCACAGCAGGAAAAGAAUCCUGCAACAACAGGAAAUGGGAAUUAUUGUUCUGGAUUAUAAUUAAUGGACAUUUUUUUGUUGGGGUUGAUACAGUAUUCGUAAGGGAAAAUCUAGGCUGCAAUUUCAUAGUGGAAAUUACAAUCUUUAGAAGCUUUAAAAAAAAUCUCAAAUACAGCAUCUGUUUUUUUUUUUUUUUUUUUUUAAAAUAUGAGAUUUAACAUUGGUUUAUAAGAUAUGUUUUUACAAUAUGAGAUUUAACAUUGGUUUAUAAGAUAUGUUUUUACAAUAUGAGAUUUAACAUUGGUUUAUAAGAUAUGUUUUUACAAUAUGAGAUUUAACAUUGGUUUAUAAGAUAUGUUUUUACAAUAUGAGAUUUAACAUUGGUUUAUAAGAUAUGUUUUUACAAUAUGAGAUUUAACAUUGGUUUAUAAGAUAUGUUUUUACAAUAUGAGAUUUAACAUUGGUUUAUAAGAUAUGUUUUUACAAUAUGAGAUUUAACAUUGGUUUAUAAGAUAUGUUUUUACAAUAUGAGAUUUAACAUUGGUUUAUAAGAUAUGUUUUUACAAUAUGAGAUUUAACAUUGGUUUAUAAGACAUCUUGUGCCACUUGCCUCUGUCUGGACUAGUACACACUAUACGCUAUCUAUGUGAAAAUUAACCUCUGCUGUUUCCUUUACAUAGACAACAUGUUGUAAGACAAGAUGAUUAGAAAAGUAGGUGAAACAGCAGUUUAAACCUCUACUAAACCUUCUCCUCUCCCUAAAACAGUCACUUCUGGAAUAUCACUGUUUUCCUUUCUCUUUAACUUGCAGGAAAUCUGUUUGUUAAGUAUACAAUAUCUAGUCUGGAUGUUAAGUAUACAAUAUCUAGUCUGGAUGUUAAGUAUACAAUAUCUAGUCUGGAUGUUAAGUAUACAGUAUCUAGUCUGGAUGUUAAGUAUACAGUAUCUAGUCUGGAUGUUAAGUAUACAAUAUCUAGUCUGGAUGUUAAGUAUACAAUAUCUAGUCUGGAUGUUAAGUAUACAGUUUCUAGUCUGGAUGUUAAGUAUACAAUAUCUAGUCUGGAUGUUAAGUAUACAAUAUCUAGUCUGGAUGUUAAGUAUACAAUAUCUAGUCUGGAUGUUAAGUAUACAAUAUCUAGUCUGGAUGUUAAGUAUACAAUAUCUAGUCUGGAUGUUAAGUAUACAGUAUCUAGUCUGGAUGUUAAGUAUACAGUAUCUAGUCUGGAUGUUAAGUAUACAAUAUAUAUUCUGGAUGUUAAGUAUACAGUAUUUUGUCUGGUUUCAGAGUACAGUGUCUAGUCUCGAUGUUAAGUAUACAAUAUCUAGUUUGGAUGUUAAGUAUACAAUAUCUAGUUUGGAUGUUAAGUAUACAAUAUCUAGUUUGGAUGUUAAAAACCUCUACAGGAUCGCGUGUGUCCCCGCGGGACGGUUGAGCUAACGUAGGCUAAUGCGAUUAGCAUGAGGUUGUAAGUAACAAGAACAUCUCCCAGGACAUAGACAUAUCUGAUAUUGGCAGAAAGCUUAAAUUAUUGUGAAUCUAACUGCACUGUCCAAUUUACAGUAGCUAUUACAGUGAAAUAAUACCAUGCUAUUGUUUGAGGAGAGUGCACAAUUAUGAACUUGAAAAUGUAUUAAUAAACCAAUUGGGCAGUCUUGAUACAACA